UCGACCGCUCGGCGUGGUCGCGCGUGGAACUGCGUGAACGAAACGGCGUGCUGGCGUCCGUACGGCCGGCGUCGUCUGCUUCUGUAGCCAGUGCGGAUUGGCCGUCGUUGUGUCGUCUGCUACAUCGCGCACCUGUGUGAGAAGCCUAUGGCGUGAAGAAGCAUGCAUCGUCGGGAGACAACUUGAAGCUUGGUUACGCUUUUUUAAAACUGUUGAGCCGAAUUCUGUCAGAACUGUGAUCAGAAGUGUGUUUCGGGCAUCGUCGUGUUUUGCACCACUUCCGGCAUUCUGUGUCGUCUGCUCUACCGGAUUGAGUGAAUAUUUUCGUCUGCUAGCGACUUAUAUUACGUACGUCUGUUCUUAAGUACGUCUGUUCUGCCGCACGAAGAUUGUGUAUUGUCGUCUGCUUGCGGUGAGCAGCUCCACCGCUGCUAUGUCGUCUGCUCCAUGGGAUUGACUGAACGUUUGCGUCUGCCAGCAACUUUCUGACGUACAUCUGCUCUCGCUCAACAACGUGCUUUUGACCGUCCUUGUGUAAAAUUUUCUGGUGGUGAAAUGAAUCAUACGGACGACAUAGGGGGUGGUCAUCUUGGACGAGUCUUCCGUAAAUCGUCUGAGCUCGGGGGUUACUCUGCUUGGUGUCAGUGAGUGACUACGGCCGUAUUUUUGUCUGUUGCUUCGGAUACGGUGCGAAGACGACGCAUUGUGUAAAAGUGUAACGCUUCUGAUUAUUGGUGCCCUGAAGUGAGUGUCCAUCACCCGGCGCAACAACCGCAUUUGUGACCAACUACAACGGAGUGUAUUCCUUAGGAACCGGCACGUAAUCAAUCGCCUGCGUCCUGCAAAGGCGUGUACUUGGAGCCCGUCGUCCGAAACGUGGUGCCAGUGCCGUCCAUCUCGGACCAGGCCGGCGCCGGAGCCACGCUGGUGGCAGCAACCAUGUUGCCACCGGGCGUGCGCCAAUCGUCCAGGAGUGACGUCCUCCUGCACGGGGAAACGAAGAACGUUUGGGAGCUGCGCUUCGCAUACAAGGCCAGCCCGAGGCCACCGUACCUGACCGCCACGGAUUACGUGUUCUACGUCAAGCGACAGACGCAGCGGGAGAACAACCACCACCAUAACCACCACAAUCACCAAAAUGGCGGCGGUCGCUCUCUGACGUCAUCCGGCGGCGGCGAGCAACCGGCUCUCAGCCCGGAGGACGCCAUGGUCGAGCUGACAAACUUCACGGAGCUCAUGCGCCGGCUCAAGGAGGAUCUGCGCUCUUCCUACAGCAGCUUCGUGGAGGAGUUUGUCAGCGAGCCGAACGACGGCGUGACCCUGCUGCUGGACCUGCUCAAGACGUACCGACGGAGCAUGGGCGUCGACCACGGCCGCUACGCCUCCACCAGGGCGAGACAGCAGCAGGCGAAGAAGGCGCAGCGUCUCCUUUCCGACACGCAGACGUCUUCCAAGACCUCGGACACGGAGGACAGUGACCAGAGCGACGCGCAGGCCACGGACUCGGGACGCUCCAGCUUCCUGGAGUACUCGACCGAGACCGAGCAGCCAGCGGGGGAGGAGGUUCUCAUCGACGUGCCCACCAUACGACCGCCAGAUGGCUUCCAGUCCGACUCGGACGACCUGAUCCUUGCCGAAAAGAGAGCGCUCGCAUCGCUCAAGAUCUCAAGCACACCGAAGGCAAUCGAAACCAAAAACACCUCAUCGACGCUUCCCUGCAUCUCGAGCAUUAACCACAGCAAUGGCAGCAAGGCCGCCGCCGCUGCCGUGAACGGCACCAGUCACGACAGCGACGGCAGUUCCGACAAGGACGACGUCAUCGACUGGAACUACCCGGCGCUUCCGGAGCCCAAGCUGUUCCGCAAGAACAGUCGCUCGGCGUCCAGGGGCGACGCGAGCGACGAGAAACCUCGUGUCGUCGGCGUCCACCGCUUCGUCGACUCGGCCACGGCCAGGCGUCGCAGCAAGUCGGAAGACCGGCGGAAGCUGCAGCAACUGCAACACCUCGAGUCCACCCACGAGAUCAUCAGCAACGGCAUUCUUCUCGACAGAUCAAAGGAACCGACGUCGCUGGCUACCCUCUUCCGGAAGCAGCCGAACCUGUCGACGUCAUCUUCGGCGCUGAGCCGAGCUGACCCGGCGCCUUCUUCCGAUGACGUCAACAAGAAGUCCACGUCACCUCCGCUGGACAAGCUGGGUACGAGGCUCGCGACGUCGACGAAUGCCGCAUCCAAGAACGGCUCCGGCAAGACAUCUCUGGACGGUUCGAAGACCUUACCUGGUAGCACUGUGAGCAACGGGAGCAAGCUAGGCCCAACGGCGAGCUUUCCCAAGAACUCACGGCUUUCCACGCUCUCUAUCCCGCGUCGCAGCGGCUCUGAGGAACUCUUGAAGAGCCAGGAAGGUACGCCCGUCGACGAAGGACCCUUCCCAGCAGGCAUCGCGGCGUACAAGGCCAACUUCAUACUGCGGGGACACGGGAACUGCGGUCUGUACUCGGGCGCCACGUUGCCCAAGCCGAAGGCCGGAAGUGAGGUCACGAAGGUUUCCUCUACGUCACCACCGGUGCCGCGCGCCGCUGCGAGAGACUCCAGCACGGAAGUGCAUCGUGAGAUCGCGGACGCUGUGCGACAAAUCGGGGGUUGGUUGUAGUGUUGUGUCUGUUCUUUCUUGUUUCUUGCAGUCGUCGUGAUUUCUCGUCGUUUACAGCAUCUGUGACGUCAGUCGAAGCACAAGACGUCACAUUUCACUGGCGUCUGAAGUGUCUUGCUUUUUCUAGCGCUUGUUCUUGGAUGCUCUGACGGCACUGCCAAGAAACCUUUGGCUGAGAAAAAACGCCAAAGAACGGUAUAAUCGCCUAGAGCCAUGUCUGUAGCUCUGGCCGGGCUGCCGCAUGGAUGGAGCACAAACCGCCUAAUCCUUAAAGAUAUGCUUACCGCUAUCUACUAUGACGUACAUCAAACUCCAUCACUGCCUUUAAAAGCGAGAGCAAACGAAGUUUUUAUUUCCCUUUUUAUAUGCCGUUACAGAUCGUCACGCCUCCGCUGCAGAGGUCUGCCUACCAUUACGUCCCACCCAAGGUUCAUAGAAAGUGAGCCUAGACUGAUCAAUAUAUCUGUUCAUCAAUAGAACUAAGCGAAGUAGUGAUGUCGUCAUGAAUACCGUGCUGUGUUUGCUUCAUUGUAACAGCAGCUCAAUUUCUUAGAAUGCCAGAAGAGGUGUCACAGAAGCCACCUUACUGACCUGCUGGCGUUACAGCCCACCAAGUUGGCCCGAUGACAGUUUAUUUCCCUCUCUCUUAAUAAGUUGUAAAUAACUCGCAACAGCCUUCACACGUCCAUUCGCGUUCGCGGCUUAAUAAUUUAAAUGAAAUCAAAGCUGCUUUUUUUUUUAUUGCUACUGCGUCGCAUCAUCUCAUUUUGUUGACAACGCCCAUCAGAGACGCGUUAUUGUGAAAAACACGUGGCUCGUCGUCUCUUUCUUCGAUUCUUUUUUUCUUCGGAAUCUUCAGAAAAAAAGGGUGUUGGAAAUGGUGUCAGCUUGCCGCGGGGCCGUGUAAAGGUUGUGCACGUAUUUAUGCCAGAACGACGUUUGCGAAUGCCUAUCGACGGGGAUCGGCGUGGCGUGUGCACCACGCAUGUGUCUGGGAUGUGUUAGCCAUCGCGCCUUGAUGCACGGACAUCCUCACGUUUAUCGACGUUAAAGGGCCUCUAAACAACAUCUGAAAGAAAUGCAAAGAAGGAGCGCUUUAUUCUCUGCUGGCGUUUCCAGUCUUUCCGGCACAAUUCGUGACGCCGGCAUUAUGUUCACGUGACGUCAUGAGGAAAGAAGCUCUCCAUUGGUCCACAUGUUAGGGAUAUCAGUUGCGAAUUGUCUCCCACCAUGCUUUUGCCGUGCAGUCGCACGCCGCUCCCGCCUUGCCUCGCAUGACUAUCCGGCGCGAUCAACAGAUUUCACUUGGUUUUGCGCUUUUUGAACUGCGCAAGCGGAUAUAACAGCGUGUAGCCGAAAAACGCGAAAUCUUGAUAGGCUCAAUGCUUAGCGCUGACAUUGUCCAUGUGCCUUAUGAAGGAAUAAGUGGCUAGGAGGAGCUCUGCCGUCUUUGAACACGGCAGUGGUUUAGGGGCCCUUCGACGUCCUGUUUUCUUGUUGUGCCGUUUUCCUCUCUGUCCUUGCGCAGUCUGUCUGCCCAUUCCUUUAUCUUUCGUCGCAAUGCGAAAAAAAAUUUAUUGUCUGGGUGAUGAGACCGUGGUCCUUGUACGCGAGGUCUGUGUGACGACAGGCGUGCAGUGACAGUGCCGGUGGUUCUUGCGCAGUUCAUUUGCAAAUAAAGUCAACGAAUCAUC